UUUGUUAUUCUGUACUUUGCAGUUUUGAUGAUUCACCGCAUAAAAGCUUUGAUUGUUUAGAUAGAGAAAAUGAAGUAAGAAUUAUGGCAGCUUGCCGGAGGGAUGCUGCUUAGAAGGUCACUCUUGCAAAAUUUGGUGUACGUCAACAAGAAGAGACUCUUGAAGUUCCAAAGUGAAUUCACUGUUUUCUAUAGUUCCAAUGAAAAGAACAAUGAAGGUGAGGAUGAGGAAUUGGUCUACUCUGAUGUCCCUAGGCCUGGAAAGAAAGGGGAAAGAAAACCAUAUCCAACCCCCAUGAAGGAACUGAUAAGAAGAGCCAAGGAAGAGAAGAGAAUCCGGCAAGAAAAUCCUUGUCGGAUGCUUGAGCUCCCACCGGAGAAUGGCCUUCUUGUUCCUGACCUCAUUGAGGUGGCCAAGCAAGUCUACCAUGCAAGAGAAUCACUGCUUCACAGUCUCUCUUUGCUCAUUGAUGGUGAGGCUGCCAUUCCUGUCAAGAAGUGCAGGUUUUGCCCAGAGGUUCACAUUGGACAUUGUGGCCAUGAAAUAAGGAGUUGUGAGGGCCGGAAAAGUGGAUCAAGGGAUGGUAUCCAUGUUUGGGGGCGAGGUGGGAUCAGAGAUGUCGUCGGCUUCCCAUGUUGUUACCACCUUUACGAUAGAGUUUGCAAGCCAAGAGUUGGGCACAAAGAUAGAUUUGGGAUUCAAAGACUGCCAGCCAUUGUUGAACUCUGUAUCCAAGCAGGCCUCAACCUUCCUGGUUAUCCAACAAAAAGAAGAACCAAGCCUGUGUAUUCAAUCGAAGGGAGGAUUGUAGACUUUGAACCUGAUAAUGAAGACAAAUCUCUUGAUCCUCCACAAGAGCAAUUCAAAUUUGAAGUGGGAUUGACAAAAUGUGAGCUGAGUUUAAUGGCACUCGAGUCCUGGUUUGAAAUGAGAUCAGGAGCAGUGAAGCUGAUGAAGAAAUAUAGCGUCGUAACUUGUGGUUAUUGUACUGAGGUGCAAGUAGGACCAAAAGGACACAAGGUGAGGAUGUGCAAAGCUGCAAAGCAUCAGUUUAGGGACGGUCUUCAUGCAUGGCAAGAGGCCACAAUUGAUGACUUGAUAAUGCCAAAUUAUGUGUGGCAUGUCAGGGACUUAAAUGGUUCUGCAUUGGCCAAUGAGAUGAAGAGGUAUUACGGUAAAGCUCCUGCCAUUGUUGAGUUUUGUGUGCAGGCUGGAGCUCCUGUUCCUGAUCAGUAUGCGAGUAUGAUGAGGUUGGAUGUUGUUUCUCCUGAUCUUGAUGAGUAUGAUCUGGUUGCUUGAUUCUUGUGUGUUUGUGUUUUGCUGAAGAUGGUUAAAACACAAGUGAUUUGUUUUGAGAA